AUGGAAAAUUCAAUUAUUCCUCUUCCAACUAUUGACCGACCAUUUGGUUUUUACCUCUUUGGGGUCUUCGAUAAGGUUGUUACCUCUGUCAGCGGGGGAAGAUUCAUUCCUUCCCAGUUUGAGUUUGUCGAGAAUGAAACUUUUCUGUCCGAUCUCCCUCAUGUUGCAAUCGCCAUAGCCAUGUACUAUAUUCUUGUUUUUGGUGGUCGGUUUUUGCUCAAGAAAGUCGGUGCUAAGCCACUUUCCUUGAGAUUUCAAUUUCAAAUCCAUAAUAUGUUUUUAACCACGGUUUCGUUUCUCUUAGUUGCCCUGAUGUAUGAGCAGUUGAUCCCCAUGAUCGCACAUCACGGCUUAUACUUCUCCAUCUGUGAUGGCCAAGCUUGGACCAAAGAAAUGACUACAUUGUAUUAUUUGAACUACUUGGUCAAGUUUUAUGAGUUUUUGGAUACUUACUACUUGGUUCUGAAGCAAAAGAAACUGACAUUUUUGCAUACGUACCAUCACGGAGCCACAGCUCUUUUGUGUUACACACAGUUGAUUGGUACCACUUCAAUCUCCUGGGUUCCUAUCACUUUGAACUUGGAUGUUCAUGUUCUAAUGUAUUGGUACUACUUCCUUUCUGCUCGUGGUAUUCAUGUCUGGUGGAAAGAGUGGGUUACCCGUUUCCAGAUCCUACAGUUCAUCCUUGACUUGAUCUUCAUUUACUAUGCAACUGCCAUUAAGGUUGGACAUGCCAUUGCGCCAGAAUACGUCUGCAAGAGAUGUGCUGGAAGUCCAUUGGCUACUAUCAGUGGCUGUGCCAUUAUCUCUUCUUACCUAGUGCUUUUCAUUGCGUUCUAUAUUGAUAUCUACAAGAAGUCUACCAAGAAAUCGAAGGUUGUCAGAAGAGUUAGAGGUGGUGUUGCCGCUAAGGUUAACGAGUAUGUUCUUUUGGACAAGCAGACAGUCCAGGAUAAUUAUGAUUCUAACACUGGUUCGCCACUCCCAACAAAGAGGAGACUUCACAGGGGCGAGAAGUCUGAAUUAUGA